CUUGUCAUUCCUCACUCUCAAUCCACCACUUUGUUCUUUCCCUGGCAUGCUGGCCUGCUCUUUUGUGGAACUAUAAACUUAUAUCUAUGAGUCAACUCUCCAAUUCGAUACCAGCGCCUUUCGACCUCGACCCUGUCCCACCGAAACAUAUGCGUCUCAUAGACCUAACCGUGCACAUCCCAACCCCCUCAUCGCGCAGCCGAACGAGCACCGCGCCACAAAAUGGGACGCGCUCGAGAUGGAGCACUCCAGAGUUCAGGGUGUACACGGUCUUUGCGAUGGUCAUCGUGGUCAUAAUGGCUUGGAUCCCCUUCAAACUCAGCCUUCCUACGCAUCCCAAUUAUCCUAUCUUCUCCAGAAGGCUUUCGCCGGGAUGGAUGUUCGGUCGCUCCGUCGACAACAGUGACGCCCAAUACCGCGGGUUUAGAAACAACUUCAUCCCGCUGACUCUUGCUGCUGUACUGUUUGUCAUCGCAAGACGGGUCAGGAUGCGGAUCCACCGCUCGACCUCACCACCAGCAGACAACAUGUUCCUGCUUCGAUUCAACUUUGUUGCGUCUAUGAUCAUGCUGUUCGCUCUCCACGGCGCCAGUGCUCUCAAGAUUAUCCCUAUUCUCAGCCUGAACUACUGGAUCGCUACGAGUUCUGGGAACUCGAUGAUAGGACCUGUCGCCAGCUGGGUAUACAACGUUUGCGUGCUAUUUCUCAACGAUCGGUACAAUGGAUUCAAGUUUGCCGCGAUCGUUCCGCCCCUCGCAUUUUUGGACGAGUGGGAGGGGAUAUAUCCGCGAUGGCAUAUCAGCUUCAAUAUCACUAUGUUAAGGUUGAUCUCGUUCAGUAUGGACUAUUAUUGGGCUUGCAAGGAGACAGCAAGUACUCCUGAGGGUCAGCUCGACGACCGACAGAGGCAGAGUGUUUCCCACCCACCUGCGAUGUACUCAUACGUCAACUACACCUCCUACGCCUUGUAUCCGCCGUUGUACUUGGCUGGUCCCAUCAUGUCAUACAACGACUACAUCUGGCAGCACAGGAAACCUCUUGCUAUCACUGGCCAGACUGUAGCGCGAUAUUUGCUGCGGUUUCUGUUUGCUAUGCUGACGAUGGAAUUCGUUCUGCACUACAUGUAUGUAGUCGCCAUCAAAGACACCAAGGCUUGGAAUGGGGACUCGCCCGCCCAGAUUGCCAUGAUUGGGUUCUGGAAUCUCAUGAUUGUCUGGCUCAAGCUCAUGAAUAUCUGGCGGUUCUUCCGGCUCUGGGCGCUAGCAGCUGGGGUCGAUCCUCCUGAAAACAUGAUCCGAUGCAUGGCAAAUAACUACUCGACGUUCGGUUUCUGGCGCAGCUGGCACCGCAGCUACAAUCUUUGGAUUAUCCGGUACAUCUACGUCCCGGCCGGGGGAACGAACAAUGUGAUUUUGAAUACGCUACUUGUCUUUACGUUCGUUGCGCUGUGGCACGAUCUUACAUUCCGACUGUUGGCUUGGGGGUGGCUGGCCAGCCUUUUCGUGGUGCCUGAGGUGAUAGCGCGGUACAUUUUACCGCAGUCGAAAUAUGGACACGAGCCUUGGUACAGACAUGUGUGUGCCAUGGGUGCUGUGUUCAACAUCCUCAUGUUGAUGGCGGCCAAUUUGGUUGGCUUUGUGCUCGGUCUUGAUGGGAUGAAGUUCUUCGUUCAACAAUUGUUUGGAACGGGGGAAGGAAUACGAUUCCUACUGGGCGCCUGUGUAUGCUUAUUCGCCGGCUCUCAUUUGAUGUUCGAGUAUCGGGAGGAUGAAAUGAGAAAUGGGAUCUUUAGGAGAUGUUAGGGUUUCUAUUCUCGUAGAAACAAGUUUUAGGAUUGUGCCAUCUACAAUGGAAGCUGUCCCGUCUGAUGCGGACAGUCGCUGUGCCUGUAAAGUUGAAGUUUGCGCAGUGAGUCAGACAGGCACACAGGGCCGGCAAACCCCGCGGGGUUCCCAUGAGUCACUGAUGCUUGAGCAUCGUAGGCACUUGACUGGUUGUGUCAAUCUGCCUUGGGGAUCGGAGCGUUGAAUAUCGGCGCGGCAGGAGCGCGAGCGGCUGACGCGUCGUUGGUCGUGUUUUCAGCGGUGGCAGCGCACACGAGCCAUCACUAAUCGUCGAUCACCGGACGGGGACCGAACGCCGAGGUCACGCCUGGACAAUCUCCCGCUUUUCCGUUUUGGCUUUGUAGUUACCCUCUCUUCUCCUUCUCCCUCCGACUCUCACAUUACAGCCAUGGCGUCCGAGCCAUCGUCGCCUCGCACCCCGACGCAUCCGGAGACCCAUCAGAUGCUUCCACUCUCCCCAACGCAGGCGACACCCUUUCUGUCUGAAGUCGGCGGCACCAGCACCCAAGCAUCGCGCUCGUCGUCCUUUGUUUCCUCUCCUUUGAAUCCCUCGAGUCCCACAACCCCAGGAGCAAGCACCCCGCCGUAUCCCACCCGCCACGCCUCAUCCUCACGCCCCACAUCGCGGGGGAGCAGCAUGAACUUCGGGCGUUUCGCUGCGUCGCCUGACGAAACAGGCGUCAUGGGGCCCGGACCGUACCCCUUCUCGCGCGAAAGCAUGCUGAACGGCACGGCGUCAUCGCGCGGGAGCAUGGUGCUCUACCGCUUGGCGGACGAAUCGGACCGGGCGAGCCUGCUAGUGCCGCCACGCCCCAUGGGCGGCGCGGGCCACAGGAACAGUAUCGCGUCGUUUGCGUCCACGUCGACGAUGGCGACGGACUCAAAGUACCCGUCCGACCACCAGUCGACGCGCGGUCUCGUGCCGUACGCGUACGAUCCAGCCGCGGACGAACUGGACCCGCUGGACGACGAGGACUUGGUGCUCGAUCCGGCACACGGCACGAAGAUGAAGGACGGGUAUCAAUCGCCGCGUUCGUCCAAGCAGCACCGGCACUCGUUUCCGUGGCGUGGCAUUGCCAACUUGGGGAUGCUGAUAUUGGUUAUACUAGCCCUGCUAGCGCUGUUCAUAAGCUACCCCGUGAUCUCCUAUGUCCGCAAUUCGCCGCUAAUUAGGCUCCUCGACUCGAACGCGCGGGUUAACGGGACGGGGCAAGUCGCCGUGCAACCGAACAUGCCACAGCUGGUGGACCCCGAUACGCCGAAAUCGGCGCAUACACGGACGGGCUUCGAUGGGAAGCCGUACACGCUGGUGUUCUCGGAUGAGUUCAAUGCUGACGGGCGGACGUUCUACCCCGGCGACGAUCCGUACUGGGAGGCCGUGGACUUGUGGUACGGAAACACCAACGACCUGGAGUGGUACGACCCGUCACAGAUCGUCACUCGCGACGGUAGUUUGAUCAUCACCAUGGACUCGACGUCGACGACAGAUCCCAGGCAGAGCGUUGGUUCGACGGCGCCUUUCACCGUGGAGGAAAACCACAAUCAGACCUAUCGCAGCGGAAUGCUACAGAGCUGGAACAAAAUGUGUUUCACCAGAGGUUACAUGGAAGUGUCACUUACGCUCCCAGGGCCGAACGCCAAUGCUGCGGGCUACUGGCCGGGUGUGUGGACCAUGGGGAAUCUUGCCCGGCCAGGAUAUACCGCAAGCACCGACGGAACAUGGCCGUAUACCUAUAGCACCUGUGAUCUCGGCACGUUUCCGAAUCAGACGUUGGCGGAUAAGUCCGGCCCGCCUGCAGCUCUCAACUGUCCUGCCUGCUCCGGAAAAUACAAGUUCGAGCUGAGCUGGCUGAGCGGCCAAAAGCUUUCUGCUUGCUCUUGCCCCGGGUCCGACCAUCCGGGUCCUGAUGUCACUGUCGGCCGCGGUGCACCCGAAAUUGAUAUCCUGGAAGCCGAGAGGAACAAGAUAGCUGUGGCCGGCCAGGUCGUCUCCCAAUCGGCUCAAUUCGCGCCAUUCAACGCGAACUAUCAAUACGUUAAUACAACGACGGCGUCUUGGCAAGUCUUCAACUCCAGUAUCUCGCGGGCGAACAACUACAGAGGCAGCGGCGUCCAGCAGGCUGUCAGCGGGUUGACUGAGGUGCCAGGGACCGGGUUCCAGGGCAGCGGGGCCGAUUUCAUCACAUAUGGGUUUGAAUACUGGAGUGACCCCAAGGAUCCUUCCACUGGCUUCAUCACGUGGCAGGUCAAUGGCACGGAGAGCAUCAGUAUGGGUGCCAGUGCCGUAGGACCCGAUGUGGAUUCCAAGAUCGGACAGCGGCUGAUCCCCGUCGAGCCAAUGUCCCUCAUCCUUAACCUGGGCACUUCGCCGAACUGGGGGACACCGGAUCUGACGACCAUGGUCUUCCCCGCAGAAAUGCGGGUGGACUAUGUGCGGAUCUACCAGCGCGACGGGGAGACCAAUCUGGGAUGCGAUCCGAAGGAUUAUCCGACCAAGGAUUACAUCGACCGACAUAUGGUUGCCUUUACCAAUCCCAAUCUCACUACCUGGCAGUGGGACAAGCCUCGGAAUUCAUUAGUGCGCUUGCUGGUUGCUUCCUCUCUCUGCAUUUUGGAAACUGAUGGGUUUGUAGUACCACGGCGGAUGUUAACGUUGAUGUUGAUGUCUGCAGUCCUGCGAAACCUCGGAACCAUACAAGUAUCUUCUAGGAUCUCGUUAAUGUGAUACCUCGACACUCGCUUACAAGAUCUCAACUGCAUCAUUCAUUGUAUUACUUAUACCAGGGCUUCACCGGUAGCUUACAUCUGUUUAUUGGCUAGAUACCAUGGGACUUUUUGCGCCGGG